AUGCCUGCCUCUACAGACCCAGUAUUUGAUUCCAUUGAGGAUACCAUCAUUGCCUUUAAGAAUGGGGAAUUCAUUGUUGUCCUCGACGACACAGACCGCGAAAAUGAAGGCGAUCUCAUAAUUGCCGCUGAUUCCAUCACCGCAGCCCAAAUGGCAUUCUUGGUGCGCCAUACAAGCGGCUUAAUAUGCGCCCCCAUAACCCCAGACCUAGCAACCCGCCUCGCCCUCCCCCAAAUGGUAACCGAAAACGCCGAUCCAAAGGGCACAGCAUACACCGUAACAAUCGACUCCGCCGACGACAGCGUAACAACUGGAAUCUCCGCGCAAGACCGCGCCCUAACUUGCCGCACUCUUGCCUCCCCCUCCGCGCAGAUUGACUCAUUCCGUCGUCCGGGCCAUAUCAUCCCGCUCCAGGCACGUGCUGGUGGGGUUCGGGAGCGUAAGGGCCAUACCGAGGCGGCAGUUGAUUUCUGUCGGCUAGCUGGAAAGGUGCCUGCGGGUGUGAUUGCUGAGCUUGUUGAGGGUGGUGAGGUUGUUGAGGGGGUUGCGGAGAUUGGGGGUGAUAAUGGGAUGAUGCGGAGGGAUGCUUGUUUGGCGUUUGGGAAGCAGUGGGGGAUUAAGGUUUGUACGAUUGAGGAUUUGGUUAGUUAUUUGGAUAAGAGUGAGAAGAAUGGGACGCAUUAA